CCCUAAUUAAGCUAUUCGUUGGUUCCAAACUAGUCUCUUUUAUUAUUUCUGGGGUUUGGACGUUUUGUCUCUCUUAGCUAGGAAAAGAAGAAUCAUCGUGAUGUCGAGCAGGUUCGUAUUGGCCGUCGGUUGCUUCCUGGGUGCAGCCGGCCUCACCCUCCUUCACCAUUCCAAACGCGCCAAGAAGGAAGUCGAGUUUCUUACUUCCGCCACAAGGCUCACCCUCAAAGAACUAGGGAAACUUUUCGACGACGACAAUCGAGAGAGAGACCCGCCUGCUCUUGUUGCUGUCUCGGGAAGAGUUGGGUCAUCGGAGCCGAUCGCUUGCAAGAUCAGCGGCCUCAAAGGUGUUUUGGUGGAAGAGAAGGAGGAGCUAGAGUUCGAAAGGAAGCAUCCUGUUUAUGGGUAUUGGAGUCGGGACUCAGCCCUAACGAACUUGAAGACCAAAGAGGUUCCCUGGUAUCUGGAUGAUGGAACCGGUCAGCUUGUGUAUGUUCGGGGAGCCCGUGAAGCAUGUCGUUUCAGCUUUGCUGUGAAAAGGGAAGUUUUUGAGGAGUGCCCCAAAACACCAACUGAACAUAAAUUCCUCAAGCUUUUCGGAGUGAAGCGAACUGAGAGCCUGAUCCCAACUGGCACCUCCUUGACUGUCGUUGGCGAGGCUGUAAGAGAUGAGAGUGGGAGAGUUUGGGUUCAGCCACCACCAGAGGAGGAAGCGCCAUUUUAUGUCUUUCAAAUGACCAUGGAUGAACUUGUUGCCUAUCUGAAACAGAAUGGAAGCCUCUUCAAGGAUUUCUCUGAGUUUUUGAUGAUAUCUGUGGGUUUUGUGGUUGUGUUCGGGUGGAUGUGCGGAGGGAGGAAAACUUCCCAGAGGAAAAAUUUGCAGCAAUUUUUGAGGACCGUAUUGAACUCUUAAUUAUUUCUUUUAUGUGUAUUUACGAACAUACUAGUUAUGGAUUUGGUCCAUUUUGUCGGAUAAAUUUUGUUUUAUAUACUAGUUAUGUGGGUUAGGAAUUUGGACCAUUUAUCGGAUGAAUAUUGUUUGUUUCAUAAUUUUACAUCAGUCGAAUUCACGAAUCUAAUCGCCCACGAGAAUUUUUCUACCAUUUCAAGUGUUACUUUCAUCGUUUUUCCGAUGUGUGGUAUAAAGAUGAGUAAGGCAA